AUGAGAGCUGUAAACCUAUUUUUUGUUUCCGCCCUGUGCACGCGAGUGCAUAGCUACGAUGCGCAACAACUCCUCAGCUCGCUCGACCUUUCCGGGAGCUCGUACCAAUGCGACAAUGGUGUGAAGCCUUCGAUUGCAUGCGUUGAUCCAGCGACAAACCAUGACACCUGCUCUUGUACUUGUACCAACGGCAUCAAGUUUGAUCAACCUCUCGAUCCGUUCUCCUAUACCGCCAACGGAGGUAGCGGCCCAGGUCUCGCAAACAACUCUGCAUGCCAGGCCGACAAAGACCUUUUGAUGGCCAAGAUCAAAGAUCUCGAAGACGACCAGCAAAAGCACCUGGCCGAGAUCAAAGAUCUCAAAGAUGGCCAGCAAGAGUAUAUUCAACGCGAGAAAGGAUUGUCGGAGGAGUUGAGUAUAUGCAAGGGCAAACCCUUCGUUUACCAGGGUUGCUACACCGACGGUGAGAACAGAGUGCUAGCUGAUGGCCUCGUGAAAGAUUCAGCAAUGACAGUUGAAAAAUGCGCGAGUAUCUGUAAGAACUAUAUGCAUUAUGGAGUCCAGAACGGCAAUGCUUGCCUUUGCGGAAAAGCUUUCAAACAGCCCACGGCAAAGGUCGCAGAAGGAGAGUGUAAUCAGAACUGUUCUGGUUACGCCAAACAGAAAUGUGGAGGUCCGUGGAAAAAUUCUUUGUAUUCAAGAACUAUCUGA